AGCACGCCGCCCCCACAGGGCGUAUUCACCACUGGGACGCUUGCGCAAAACAACCCCGAACGUGUUACGAACUUUUUGAAAGUGCUAAGUGUGAAUUUCUUCAUGAGUUUUCCGAACAUUUUCCUGUAGUUUUUUAUCACUUCUGGAUUUUUCACAGCGGAGGAGUCGCAGUUUAAGAAAAUGGGGAGUAGCGAAGGUCAGCAGACUUUCUGUCUAAAAUGGAACCAUCACAAGACGAAUCUUGUGGAGAUCCUGGAGGCGUUGAUAAAAGUAGAGACUUAUGUGGACUGCACGCUCGUGGUAGACGACCAGGUGACGUUCAAGGCUCACCGCGUGGUGCUCGCAGCCAACUCGCCCUACUUCCAGUCCAUACUGGCUGACGUGCCCAUGGACCACUGCAGCAUCCUCUUCCCCGGGGUAAAAGACUUCGAGAUGCGCGCGCUCCUCGAGUACAUGUACACGGGCGAGGUGAACGUGACGCAGGCCCAGAUACCGCGGAUCAUGAAGGUGGCCGAGCAGCUGGAAGUCAAGGGUUUGUUCGACAUGACGGAGCUCCGUCGCCGGCCGGGCGCCAACGAGCGCACGCCGGCCGCGUCCCCGCCGCGAGUCGUGCCCGCGGCGCCGUCCAGCAUCUCUCCGCCGGCUCCGGCGCCGCCCACGCGCUGGCCGCCACCACCGGCCGCGCCGGUUCUUUCAGCGGCCUACGAAUCCGUUGACAUGAACCCCCUGAAACGCAAAAAACUCUCCAGUAUGUUAGCCACCCGCGAUACACCCAUCUUGAGGAACGUCCUCGCCCAGUCAUCCCCGGUUGAUUCCUCCCAACCGAUUUCUCUCGUCUGCCAUCCUGUUAACAAUAAUGGCCCUCCUCGUCUGCACUCUAAUGGUUCCGCCCACGAGCCUGAGAGACCGCCGAGCCCGCAACGACCCUUUGACUAUCGUCCUCGCAGAUUGUCAUCGAGAGCUUCGUCGCCCCAUUAUAAUAACAGAUCCGAUCGCUCAGAGGAUGCUCACUCUCCAUACACGGAACGUUCCUUCGAGGAAGAAAAUUCUCGCAAUUUCCAUCCCUCCCCUCCACCCGCGAAUUUUCAACCAGAUGUUAGAGCAGGACUCGCACCUUAUGUACCACCGCAACAAAAGCCAGAGUGGAAAAGAUACAAACAAUAUACGCGAUCGGAUAUCAUGUCCGCUAUAGAAUGCGUUAGAAAUGGAAUGAGCGCUUUACAGGCCUCUCGUAAAUAUGGCGUUCCAUCACGUACUUUGUACGAUAAAGUAAAGAAGCUGGGUAUAACGACAAGUCGACCGAUGAGUAGAGGAGUCAAAAGGGAGAGCAACGGUGCCGCCUUUCCUUACGGAUUAAGUGGCACGGGUGGUAAUGACGACGGAAAUCCGACCACGCCUCUUAUCGACCCAUCUUUCCUUCAGCAAGCCUUAGAAGGGGCAACUAGAGAUGGAGGACGCGAAGCCCUUCACGCCAUGGCUCUAGCUGCAGCCGCGCACGCCGCACUCGCCCCUAGAUCGCCGCCGCGAUCUACACCGCAGUCACCUCGGUCACCGCUCCCCGACGACGAUCAUGUUGAGGAUCUCUCAAUUUCUCGACGUCACGAUAUAGAGCCACCAUCCGGAGUCAUAGUCCCGCCUCGAAACUUUGCCCUAGAUUGCAGUAGCGAAAGAGAUUGA